AAAAUGAUAGACAUAAAAUUGUUGACCGCUGCGAGUGUAAUUCUGUGGAUCCUUUUUAUAUGGAGUCGACGCAAAUUAUACAUGCUGAUGCUGCAGUUGCCGGGAACCAUGGGACUUCCUUUAAUUGGGAAUUCCAUAGGAUAUCUACUCAUUGGCAGGCGCAGCAUGAGUUCAAGAACCAGGUAUAUGGAUAGGUACGGUUCCACAUUUCUGUCCUGGAUAGGCACAACUCCCAUUUUGAUAACAAGAGAUCCAAAGAUGGCCGAGGAGGUCUUCACGUCACCCUUGUGCAUUAACAGAAGCUCUCAGACAACUAAUGCGAUGGCACUUUCUAUGGGAAAGGGACUGCUGACACUACAGGGAUCCAAGUGGAUGGCGCGUCGCAAGCAGAUGAAUCCCGCAUUUAAGCAUAGUGUUUUGCUCAGCUUUCUUCCCAUUUUCAAUGCCGAAACGGAUUUACUGGUCAGCUUUUUUGACUCCUAUGUUGGUAAAGGUGAAGUAGAUGUCCUGCCAGACCUUAUUCGAUGGUCAUUCAAAAUAGCUACUCAAACCACAUUGGGCACGGAUGUUACAAAAGAUGAUAGUUUCAAGGACGACACAAUAUUGAAGAGCUACCAGUCGAUCUUGCGACAUACCAUCAUAAAUAUUUUCUUGCCAUUUGUGCAAAAUAAAAUUCUUUCCAAACUCUUCGGACUUGAAAGGCUGCGAGCAAGAGACGUUUCUGAGAUUAAUAAAAUGAUAAACAACAUUCUGAACAAAAAGCUAAAUUCAAACCCUGCCAAUAAUUGCGAGUCUGAACUUAAGACGGUUAUACACUGGGCAAUAGAACUUUUUCGUAAUGACGAAAUAUCCCUAACUGAGUUAUGUGCCGAAUGCAGCAGUAUGGUUCUCGCCGCAUUCGAGACAACCGCCCACACGGUUUAUCAUGCCCUCGUUUUGCUGGCCAUGUUCCCCGAGCAUCAGGAAAUGGUCUUCAACGAGAUUAAGGAGCACUUCCCUUUGGCCAAAAACUUCGAGGUUACCCACACCGAUCUUCAACAAUUGGCUUACCUCGAUCGCGUGUUGAAUGAAACCCUGCGAUUGUUACCAUCCGUUCCGAUCUCCGCGAGGGAAACACUGGAGGACUUGCAGCUAUCAAAUGGAGCUGUGAUCCCCAAAGGAAUGGUUAUCGUCAUAGACAUAUUCAACACUCAUCGAAACAGCGAUUAUUGGGGCCCAGAAGCAGCGCGCUUCAAUCCCGAAAACUUUCUACCGGAAAAAAUCCAAAAUAGGCAUCCAUAUGCCUUUGUUCCUUUUUCGAAGGGAAAGAGAAAUUGCAUUGGCUGGCAAUAUGGACUGAUGUCUUCGAAGCUAGCUUUGGUCAAGAUACUGAGAAACUACCAGCUAAGUACUAGCUUUCCCUAUGAAAAUCUGAAAUUCGUCGACCACAUGGUCAUGAAGCUGCAUCAGUCACCACAACUGGCAUUUCAACGACGAACUUCUUAACAGAACGUUUUAAUUUUGCAUAUUAU